AUGCUAAACAUCAUAAAUCUGUAAUAAUUCCUGAGCUUGAACUUGCUUUAAAGAAAUUUAUUUUAAUUUACCAAAGUAGAGCUGUUUUGAAUGAAGCAAUUUUAAUUAAAAAAGUGAAACAAUUAGCUAAAGGUUUAGGUCAAAAACUUCAUGGUGAAGAAUCAUCAGCUAAUAUAGUAGCUAUUACCAAUGCUUUAUCUUUGCUAAGAA